AUGGCUUUCGGAGGUUCGUGCCGUGAUGCGGAAGAACUAGGAACAGAUUCCCACAAGGUCCCACCGUCUUCCAAUCCUAUCUUGGACGGCUUCUACCGCUGUCUUGUCGCAGAGGCAUACGUCGGCGGUAUGUCCGCUACUCGGCUAUCUGGGUCAGAAGAUUCUUCACAUACCUCCCCGGUCGAUUCAAGCACCAUUGGCGACAGUCCAGAACAACUAUCACUCAUUCGCAGUGUUAAUGCCGCAGUUGAUUUAUUCCUACAGCGCAUUCAACAAAAUCGCGCGGAAGAGACAGAGCCACAUGGGCGAAGUUCCUUAGCAGGUAACCCCUGGGCUGAAGAUCUAGCACGACCUUCUGCUAAGGCUUUGGCCAAGUUUUACGAAGAUAGUAUUCGACAGUUCCCCCAAAAGAGGGAAUAUGGCCAAGCCUACACUGCAGUUACCCUCGGUCCGCCCUGCACAUCCAAAUCGUCUGACCCUUUCUAUAAGCUUGGGCCCGCUUUGAUCCUCUGCAUCAUUGACUUUAUGCACAUCCCGGAUCUAUGCCCCCUACGCAAAGCUUCUCGCCCUUGUGCUCGCCUUCGACUAUCCUUUGGCUUUUGGAGGGCUCGGCUACGCAAGGACAUGCCGUUUCUAUACGACUUCGCUGUACCCAAAGACGUGCCUGUUGAUUGGCGACUGUUGUACAUGGUCCUGGAUGGCAUGAGCUCACGCUCGCACAGCCUUGCCCGCCAACAAUAUCUCAGAGAUCACACUGCGGCUUUCGUCAAUCUACCUUUCACUGCGAAGAAGCACUUGGCCCUUCACAAUCUCAACGCCGUGAACAUCACACUGCUCAAUCGACGACGAAUCUGGGAGUCUAUCGACCAGAUCAUCGACAGCAAAGCCGAAGACGACGGCGGCCUGAACGAGUGGAUUCUCAGGGAAGACUGA